AAUAGUAUUACCGCGUGGUAUAAAGUUCCAUUACAUUAGACAAUACUUCAUCAAUCGUGUGUAUCGAAUCAAGAGGGAAAACUACUCAGCGCAGUGCGCUAAGCAAGAUUUUCCAGCGGGUCAACUAUUAAGAUAGUGUCUUCAAGAAAGAGGUGUGACAAUGGGAAGUUGCUGCUGCACUGCACCACAGCACCAACCUCCUGAACAUCGGAACAAGCCACUGGUACGAAUGUGUUCAUCAGGAAAUCACUUUCCCAACUUUGCUGAUAUUGGAGAUAAAAUUGUCCUUUUUGUUGAUUUUGGCAACAAUUUUAAGCCACUCCCUCGCAGAAAUCAGGGUCAUUCUUUAGGCGGGGCUACUGCAGGAUUGCAGUGGCCUGAUCAGCGUCACCAUGGUGAGGAGAAUACACAAUAUGAGAUAAAGUUUGCAGGACUCCAAGCUUUCUUGAAAAGGAUAAAACCAAAAGAGGAAAAUUGUACAAGUUACCGCUCAGAAGUAAAACUUUUAAUGACAGAUGACAUUCUAAGAGCGCCUGGUGGGUUGGUGAAAUUUACUAUACCAUACUGUGACAGUGAGGGUCAGUAUUUGGGCGUAGUUACUGAACAAGAUCAUGAAUAUGAUGCCAGUCACAGAGUCUACAAUCAUCCAAUAUGGGAUGAAUUAAUAGUACAUAACGGGGAAAUAAGAGAUGAUAUUCAGUGUCGUACAUCAACAAGACUGGUUGAAGGGACAUAUGGUUCCAUGGCACGACGUAGAGCCAGAGAAUCUGCAGUUAUAGAGGGACCAAUGGAUCAAGAAGAUGCUGGAGCUGAAACAGGUGGUAGUUCAGAGCAUUUAAGUGCAACACAUGAACUGGACCCUCUGCUAGGGCAACCACCGCGUGCCAAACGUUACUGGCCAGAUUCCUGGGAGAUGUCUUGUUGGCGGCCUUGCUGUGAUCCAAUCCUGCGUUCAGAAAACUGGUUCACAAGAUUUUUGGCCAUGUUCUUUGUGGCACCAUUGACCAAUGUAACUGGUUUAAGUCUGUACUAUCAACUGUACCUUGUUGAAAUAUUUCACUUGAGAUUUAAAACAAAGCUUGGACACUAUUUAUUCAUGCCACUGAUUGUUAUGAUGAUGCUAUGUUUCUUCGCCCAGUGGAGAUUUGAUCAUGACUGCUACACAUUAGCCAACACUGAAGUGCUUGUUUGGAAUGGAGCUGCUGUCUUUGCUUUCUUUCUUCUCUUCUGGUAUUGUUUGUGGGGUCUUAUCCAAAGAACACCUUGUAUGGGGUUUUUCAUGAUUGUGCCUUUGGCUGUCAUGUACAUUCUUGCAAACAUCACUUUUCAAAUGGCUGUGAAGAAUUCUGCACUGCAGAGCUUGAACUGUGAAACUUGUUGGAAUCAUACAAAUCACCUGUCAAACCAUGUGAAAUACUAUAAUGCAUUCAAUCUGAUGCACUGGUACUUCAAUCCUGUCUUGUGGACACUUGUUUUGUGCCUCUGUCAAGCAAUCAGUCAUAGCUUUGAACCCAAGAUUCCACCACGUGUUAAUCAGACCAACCACUGGAUGAGUUGUGAUAUAAUAUGUAAGACUUAUGGUUUUCCCAAGACAUUAUUGAUUUUCAUGGCACAAGCUAUCUUCGGAACCAUUGAUGAGCUUAUGGCAUCACCAAGGCUUCUUCCCCUAUUGAUCCUACGAGUUUGUUUCACUCUUGGAUAUAGUCCAAAGGAAUGGAAAGUAUUGAAGAUAUUGGUUAAAAAGUCGUUACAAUAUGGGGACCCAGCAUUGGACUACAUUGGCACAGGUGGGGCUGAUUAUCUUCCCAAAGAUUCAGUGAUACCUGAAGUCUCACUAUCUACAACUGGUACAAGUGGUGAAGCUCUGGAGAACAAUUAUAACAUUGGUUACAACAUAAGAAAACUAAAGAAAACCUUACAAGAGAUGGAGUCCACACUUACUGACAGACAACGCAAAAUACUAACUGACCCCCGCACAAUCCAUUACUGUGCUGAUGACUGGCUAAAACACUACAUCGUGUUGAGGCACUAUGUUGCAAAAUAUGAGCUACAAGUGCAUGCAUAUGGCCCAUUUCGAUCAGGCAAAGAAAACAAGGAAGCUUUUCAUGAUGAUGUACGAAUGGAGAGAGACUUUCCCCUUGCUAAGCACAGCAGCUUUAGAAAUUUCUUGCAACAGGUUCGUUUUCACCUCUGGUUGAUGGAAGAUGAGUUCAUAACUAAAAGAGCUAUAUCUGCUUGUUGUGCUAAGGAAAUUUAGUUGAUCAUUACAGAUUGAGUCUGAUCAUACUUUGGUAUGGUACAUGGACAGUGUUUUAGUUCACUUUUAAAGGGGAUUUCCUCAUAAAUGUCUGCUUUAAUUCUUUCAACUGAUAGUUACAGUAUGUUUUUAACCAAUAAAAUAUAAUUUGGUCAACAAUUUUAACCAAUCAUCUUCCUUCAACCCAAUUAAUUCAAUGCAAUUGAAAAAAAAAUUCCUGGUACCCCUUUAUUUUUAUGCUGGUUGUGGAUCUGGACCAAUCAAAUUUGAUGAAAAUGUUACCUUUUAUGACAACAAAAAUAGAAGGAAAUAAUGAGAGCAAAAAUCUUAAUUAGAUGCUGCAAGAAUGCAGUGCUCUAAACUAGCUCCAUUUCCUUAGUUGGACUCCACAUUCUCAAACAGCAAGAGAAGGUUUCCUAGUUUUAAAAGUUUUGAAAAACUUUCUUCUCCCAUUUUGAGUUCAUUGUAACUUAACAAUGCAACUACGGUCUAAACAGUAAGAGAACUGCAACUUAGAGAAAUGCAAUUGAGUUUAAAUUUUAACCCUUUUGUGAUAUAAAAGAGAAUUUUAUAACUUGUAAAUAAUCAAAUGAAAGAAAAGUUUGUCUUUGCAAGACAGAAGUAGACCACAUUUGUGAAAUGGAGCAUAUGCAUCCUUAAUUGUAUGUGGCAACUAUCUGUCACAAGUUUUAAAUCAUUUCAGAUAUUUUAAAAAUAGAAUGUUAAAUACAAUUUUACAAAGCAAUACAUAGU